CAUUUCUUUUGCCAAACUUGCAAGUAGCACAAUAAUUCUUCUUCCUCUAGCUCUUAUUCACAAUUUACACAUCUUUAUUUUCCAGUCUUAAAGUUCACAAUGCUUGCUCCUUCUCCAGCCCAUUUUUCCACUAGAAAAUCCCCAGCAUUUCGUAUUCCAACAAUUGAUAUGUCUCUUGACAGAUAUUUAGUCUGUCAUGAAAUUGUACAAGCUUGUGAAGAGUACGGUUUCUUCAAGCUUGUGAAUCAUGGAAUUCCUGAUCAUGUCAUAUCAAGCAUGGAGGAGGAGAGCUACGGUUUCUUCUCAAAGCCGGCUCGCGAGAAGCAAGAAGCAGGACCUCCAUCUCCAUUCGGAUAUGGAUGCAAAUCAAUCGGCUUGAAGGGUGAUAUGGGGGAACUAGAGUACAUUCUUCUGGAAGCCAAACCUGCCUCUAUUUCGCGAAGAUCAACAACCAUGUCCACUGACCCGAAUAAAUUCAGUAAUGUUGUGAGUGAGUACGUCCAAACUGUGAAGGACCUCAGCUGCGAGGUCCUUGAUCUUAUGGCUCAAGGCUUACAGCUAACUGACAAGUCUUUGAGUUGCCUGAUAAAAGACGAUGACAAUGAUUCAUGUUUUCGAGUGAAUCAUUAUCCUCCACUUGAAAGAACUACUAGUUGUCCUGUCGUCGGAUUUGGAGAGCAUUGUGAUCCGCAGAUAUUAACCGUCUUGAGAUCCAACCAUGUGGGCGGCCUACAAAUAUGUUCCAAAGAUAAUCGUUGGAUUUCUGUACCUCCACAUCCAGCCGAAUUCUGUGUGCUCGUUGGAGACGUCUUGCAGGUUCUGACAAACAAAAGAUUUAACAGUGUCAGACACAGAGUUCUCGCGAACUCUAACCAGCAGUCCCGAAUCUCCAUGAUGUACUUUGGCGCGCCAUCGCCCACAGCAUCGUUAUCUCCGUUGCAACAUACGGUUUCUCCCCAUCGGCCAAGAAUUUACAGGACUUUUACUUGGGGAGAAUACAAGAAGGCUGUGUAUUCUGGACGCUUAGGGGACCGACGACUUGAGUUUUUGGAGUUAGCAUAGAUGUGUAAAUUAUUAUUACUAGCUUAUAACCCGUGCCUUGCCCGGGAGCUUUUUAAUUAUUUAUAAAUUUUUUAAAUAUAUUGUAA